UUGGCUAGUAGGAGAUUAGAGAAGAAAUCAACAGAGCUAAAGAUCAUGUCUAGCAGGAGAAGAAGAUCAGUUUUAAGACUUACUCCAGAUGAGAUUAGUGAUCUCGUCUUGAAACUACAAGCUUUGUUGCCAGAUUCCUCUUCAAGGUGCACUUCUGAGGUAUCAGCCUCGAAGACAUUGGAAGAGACCUGUAAUUAUAUCAAAAUGCUGCACAGUGAGGUUGAUGAUCUCAGCAAGAAGCUCUCUCAAAAACUAGCUUCCACGGACUCCAAUAUUAAUGCUGUUAAUCGAGACACUCGACACCUUUAGAAGUCUUCUUCAACAGUAGAAACAACAACCCCUGAAUACACAAUACAAAACCCUGCGAGUGUUUAGUUUGGUGAAUGCAUGCAGUAGCAGAUAUAUGAAUUACUGUAUUUUUCCUUGUUUUUUCACUACCUUACGUUAAAUUCACAUUUUUCCUUGUUUUUCACUACCUUACGAUUAAAUUCUCUAUGCUAAGAAUGUUGGUUCCCUAGUUUAGGUUUUUUUU